GUCCCAACCCGAAGACCCCCCGAAGCUCCGCAGAGCUCCGCCGCAGAGCUCCGCCCGCGCAGCAUUGCUGCGCGUCCCGGAUCACUGCGGAGAACCCGGACGAGGGCUUCAAGCCCACCAGCGGUAAGAUCAACAGCAUCAGGUUUCAAUCCUCCGGCGAUUGCUGGGGCUACUUCAGCGUCGGGUUGAAGGGUGGCAUUCAUGAGUUCGCGGACUCCCAGUUCGGGCACAUCUUCGCUAAGGGUCCCAACCGCGAAGCGGCCAGGCUGGACCGGGACGGACCGAUGGACUGGACCGACGGCCCCAGACCGAGCGUGUCGUGGGGGACGGUGGCCGGGGGGAAAGAGGAAGCCGUAUAA